AUGGGCAAUCUGACGCGCGUGAUCGCUCGCAGCACCACGGGGGGCUUGGACAACUCGUCCGACGACGAUCAAGCGGGCGACAAGGAGUUGAGCGACGCGGGCGACGACAGCAGCGACUCGGGUAGCGAGGAAGAUGGCAGCAAAAAGUUCAAGACGGUUGCUUUUGCGUCCUCGAUGGCGUCGGCCCUCCGAAAACUGUCUCGUCACGCGGUCAACAAAGGCUUCGACUACAAGUACCGCUACGAAAGCAGUCGAGUCGCCGGCUGGGUCAGGGUGUUUGCAUGCAUUACCCACGUCAAGUGCCCCUAUGAAUGCGCCUUGGUCCAGCGUCGCGACUGCUACUACAUCGAAGAGCGGGGCAAGCAUUCCGCCGCCGAAGACGAGGAGACGCGGCGCCACGGCAUUCACCCAUCGCUGCUUCCGCGCGUCGACGACCUGGCACGCAGUGGGUUGCAGCCAGCACCGCUGUUGCGAGAGCUCAAGCGCGCGUACAAGAGGGAUCCCGCGAUGCUGCAACGUUUGCCCACCCGGCUGCAACUGAGCAACCGAGCCGCGUACCUGC